UCUCUUCUCUCUUGUCUUCUCCAGCUCAGAGUGUUUGUGGGGUUUUCCCCAUGGAGCUGCCUCUAUCUCUGUCUCUUCUCAUAGGGUUUUGGAUUACCAAACCACAAUUCACGAGGCAUGAAUCAUUCUCCCCACUUGCUUGCGAAGAUCCCCAGAUUUUGCUAUUUCCUCCUCCUCCGAAAUUUAAAGCCACCAUUUUUUUUACCUUUUUGAAACAACAAUGCCCACUCAUACGUCGAGAUCGGAGAAUAAAGACGACGUCGGAGAAGAUGAUCACCGGCGACGGAACCCUUAUGAAGUCCUUGGCAUACCCACCAAUUCGACUGAUCAAGAGAUCAAAAGUGCUUAUCGGAGAAUGGCUCUCAGGUACCAUCCUGAUAAGAAUCCAAACGACCCGGUUGCAAUGGAUAUGUUUGAGGAGAUUACAUUUGCCUAUGAGGUCUUGUCUGAUCCUGAGAAUCGGCGUCAGUAUGAUACAACUGGCUCUGAGGCUGCUGCUCCAGAAAGUGAAGAUCUUGAACUUGAUCUUUCAAGCUUAGGAGCUGUUAAUACAAUAUUCGCCGCGCUGUUCAAUAAGCUUGGUGUGCAAAUCAAGACAACUGUCUCAGCAAAUUUAUUGGAGGAAGCGCUGAAUGGUAUGGUUACUACUUUGCCUCUUACAGUUGGCCAAGUUGUUUCCAGGAAGGUUGAAAAACAAUCGGCUCACUUUUAUUCUGUUACAUUAACAGAAGAACAAGCCCAGGCCGGUUUGAUAUGUAAAGUUCAGUCAUCUGCUAAAAACAAAUUCAAGUUACUUUAUUUUGAUCGAGAAGAGAAUGGAGGACUGAGUUUGGCCCUACAGGAAGACAGCAGGAAAACAGGAAAGCUCUCGACUGCAGGGUUUUACUUUUUCGGCUUUCCUGUUUACCGUUUUGAUCACAGGGUUAAUUCAAGGGCUCUCUCAAGGGAUCCAGAGACCGGAUUUUUUAAAAGGCUCGAUGCAUUCCAACCGUUUGAGAUCACUGAACUGAAACCUGGAUCUCAUGUAUUUGCUGUUUACGGUGACAAUUUUUUCAAAAGUGUGAACUACACUCUAGAAAUAUUCUCAUCUGCUCCAUUCGCACAUGAGAAAGAGAAUCUCCGGUCCACUGAAGCACAGAUAGUCUCCAAAAGAACUGAGCUAUUGAAGUUUGAAUCAGAAUAUCACGAGGUCUUUGCACAGUUCACAGAGAUGGCUAGUAAAUGCACAGGGGAAAUACAAGAGAUCGAUGAGCUUCUCAAGAGGAGGAACGAGAUAUGUGCAGCGUACACAAUCUUUCCGCCGACGAAGCAAAGCUCAAGCAAGAACAGAAGCUGGAGCAAGGGAAAGAGCAAGAAAAAGAGCAGUCUUUUAAUGGAAUCUAGAGAAGAAGGAGAAGUCGCAGUUAGGGAAGAAGAUGGAGUGAAGAAGAAGAAAUGGUACAAUAUUCAGCUGAGACAAGACAAGAAAAAAACCUGAAGAUAUUAUAUGUUUCAGUGAUAAUGUUUCAGGCACAUAGCUACAUUCUAAAAAUGAUAUUAUAUGUUUCAGUGAUAAUGUUUAGGCACAUAACUACAGUCCAAAAGUGGUAUAUGGUUUCUUAUGCUUUGUCAGGUUCA